CUUACCUCACCACUAAUUAUCCUUCCUCCUCCGAGCUUUAUUACCGUACAUACCCACUAGUACAUAAACUCUGAGUGAUCGACUUUAUCUCGUCUCAUUUACUCGCAGCUUCUCGCAUUUGUUUAAGUUCAAAAGGGGUUGUGGAGUCAGCGAGUCAUUUUGGUCUCUAACAGUUUUAGUUUUCUUGGUGUUGCGUUUUAAGGAAUAGUUAUUGCUACACAGCUAAAGUCACCAGGUUAUUGUGAUAACGCACGCUUACAUUCACUCGCACACUAUUACACACCACCCUCACUCACUCGCUAUCAAUUAUACGCUACGCUACAGCUUCCCGAGAGACCGGCUUUGAGCAACAUAAUCCUGGGCACUCACACUACCGCUUCGCACUAGUACGCCCUCCGCCUCCACCACACACCCACUCAUACCCCAACCCCAGGAGCCUCGUUGUUGUUGUGGUACUCUACCCUGGUACCUAAGCUACUUACUAUUGUAGAUACACCCAAGGAGAUCUUGUUCCCCCCUCUACUACCACGUCCUUCUCCCCUUGACGCUUUCUCCUCCCUCCUUCCUUCAACGACGCCGCACCCCAGCGCGUCUUCCCGUCUAAACCAAUAAGUCAAUAACCGUGGCAGUCAGCGCAGUAUCAUUACAAGUUCAAGUCCCAGAGCCGGCCUUACUGUCGCCUUACGCAUUCAACGAAUUUCGGCAAUAUCCAAAUCUGCGAAACGGGUUGAACGAAGACGGCCUUUCGGCCAAGUCAGGCUUCUCGGCCGGGGUCGUCUCAAUGUCGGCCUACGGGAAAUCCCCUCAACAGCAAGCAGAGUAUGAUACCAGACCUCCUCAAACUCAGCAUCUUCCAAACCCGCAGCAAUCAGCCUAUGGCUAUAAUCAUUCUCAAGCUCACUACCAACACUCGAGUAACUUGAGUGAACCUGCUUAUCCCUCUCAAAGUUUUGAAGACCAGGGCCCAAGAGUGGUGGGAUAUCGUCCUACACAAGGAGUUGAAGGAGGAGCUUUUUCUGUGCUUCUACAAUCUCCUACCGAUUUGACCACUGACUCUCGUUCUUUCCGAUUCAUGUUUGGUUCCCGAAGAUGCAUCACGACUAUUCGUAGAGAGGAAAAUCCCGGGAUGUAUCGGUUGACGGGUGAAAUUCCGGCUUUUUCGUUGACGGGUUGGGUGGCUCCUCAAGUGACGGUUUACUUGAACAUUGAGGAUGCCGAUGGCCAGGAGUUGGACACGUUCGAUGUUGGCACAUUCACGUACACGGAUAGUUCAGCGCAGCAGUCGUUUAGCUCUCCUCCUCCCAGGGGGAGUCGAAAGCGGAAGAGUACUGUGGAGCCUGAUGAAGCCUCGUCGAGGGGGCCAGCAAAGAGGCCUGCCAGCCAACCAAUACGUCCGAAGAGUGAAGAUUAUGGCUAUGGUUAUCCGGCCCCGGGCCCCAGUGGGAUCCCUCCAUUUACACCACACUCUAACGACGAUAGAAGCUACCUCUACUCAGGGUAUAAUGCUGAACAAUCCACUCAAGGCCCUGGAUACCGACCACAGACCUCACCACGAGCUUAUGGCUACGCUCCAUACCCAGCUGGCAGUUCACAGCCUGCGCAAGCAGGGCAACCAUGGGUUCAACCGUAUCCGGUACAGCCAUCAGGUGCGCAAUCGUCUGCAUCGCGACAAAUGAGAUCAGAUACUUCCCCUAACCAGCCCCCUGCUUCCUUGCCCUCACCCUCCAACACACCAAACCCAACCCUCAUCAGAACUUCUACUUUACAGCAAGCCGCUCACACGGCUCCACCCCCAGGGCAAGGAGGACCUAGCGGCACAGGCACCGGCUUUAACCCUUACGGCCUUUAUCCAGAAAAGGCAGUUCUUGACAUUCAGGGAGAGUUGGGGGAUAUGGCGCGAAACUGGAAUCCCGAGGAGUGGGACAGCAGGAGGAGGUUGGUGCAGUUCUGGCGGCGACAAAAAGGAAGCACAAUUCACACUACAUUCCGACCCGUGGCACCAAAUGACAGGCAGCCCAAUAGCAUUUGCAUCAGUUGUAUUUGGUGGGCGGAGAAGUCAGAGUGCUUUGUCACUAGCGUCGAUUGCAUUUAUCUACUGGAAUCCUUAAUUGCCGUACGGUUCACGGUUGAGGAGAAGAAUCGAAUCCGAAGGAACUUGGAGGGAUUUAGGCCGCUAACCGUAUCGAAGGCUAAAUCUGACAGCGAGAACUUUUUCAAGCUCAUCAUGGCCUUCCCCAACCCUAAGCCUCGGAAUAUUGAGAAGGAUGUCAAGGUUUUCCCCUGGUCAGUCUUAGGGCACGCUCUGAAGAAGAUUAUUGGUAAAUAUUGUGCUAGCUAUUCCUCAACGGCUUCGGUAAUUCCUACUGCUCCAGGCGCUUCUGCAUAUCCCGGUGGAUCCGUGGGCGAGCCAUCACAGUCUGUUGCGGGUGAGACUGCAGUCCCUCCAGUGCCCUCGCCUCCAACGGCGACAGGGCCGACAUCAUCGUCAUCUGGGGCAUCAGCAAGUCUAACCGGAACCACGGGCCCGCUGCCAGUUAAGCAAUCCUCUGCCACCUCGUCCCCCCCAACCCAUCGCCCUGGAGGUUCAUCGGAGCUACCAGCUCAUGUUCCUGCAUUGCCACCACCGUCUGCCAGCCAACAGGGGCAGCAGCCUCUCUGGCAUCCUCAUCAACCACUCGCCCCAAGCCAGCAGCAAAUGUCUGCGCAGGGGCAGCGUACCUCAUGGGAUCUAACAUCCUAUCUUGAUCCUAACACAGCAUCGGGAAAUACCGCAGGGACACAAGUGGUUCACUAUCCGCACGGGUCCGUUGCAGCAGAAGGCCGGGAAUCGGUUUCGGGUACUGUGCAGCAAGGCCAACUACCGGGCGAUGUUUCUUGAAAAUUCAAAAAAAAACUUUUGUUUUUCUAAUAUUAUAUGGUUUUGAGCGUUUGGCGAAUUUUAAAGGGUGCAAAUUUUUACAUGCAUCUCUGGGUGUAUCCAUUUUUGGCGCGGCGAUUUUCUGGUUUGACCCAUACCACUCUGCACUGCAUUUGGUAGUUUCUUUUUGUCUUUCUAGUUUCUUUUUGUAUGCGGAAUGA